AUGCCUGAGAUUGGAUUGCAAGGGCAACUCAACUUAAGGGAAGCUAAAGUGCUUAUCGUAGGUGUAGGUGGUCUGGGAUGUCCAGCUGCGGCUUAUCUUGCAGGAGCAGGAGUUGGCAGCCUGGGACUUAUAGACGGAGAUGUCGUCGAGGAAUCCAACCUCCAUCGCCAAAUACUUCAUUCUACUGCAAGGGUAGGCAUGACCAAGGUCGAAAGUGCCAUGGUCGCCCUGAACUCGCUGAACCCGAACGUCAAGCUCAUACCGUACACAUAUCGCCUUACCUCAGACAUUGUGCUGGCAGCCUUUAAAGACUAUGACCUAGUGCUUGAUUGCACAGAUAAUCCAGCAUCACGCUAUCUUAUAUCGGACGCCUGUGUUCUGCUUGGCAAGACCCUUGUGUCAGCAUCAGCCCUGCGUACUGACGGCCAACUUAUGGUACUCAACAACCCUCCUCUACCAGUGGGUGAUGUGAGAGGUGGCCCCUGCUACCGAUGCAUUUUCCCUAAGCCGCCACCUCCAGAAUCCGUUACUUCGUGUGGCGACGGAGGUAUCUUAGGACCCGUUGUGGGUGUUAUGGGUGUGCUCCAAGCUCUAGAGGCGAUUAAGGUUCUGACUCAAAAGUCUGCCACAACAACGUCAGUGCAGGCAGAACCACCAAGUCUGCUACUUUUUUCCGCUUAUUCCAAUCCUAUGUUCCGGUCCAUACGUUUGCGUACACGGAAACCGAAGUGUGCAGCAUGCUCAGCGCAAUGCACAGUCACACCCGAAGCAUUGAACUCAGGAAGCCUGGACUAUGUGCACUUUUGCGGGAGUAUCAACCCCGUAGAUGCACUCAGCCCACAGGAACGUAUAUCUGCCGAGAAUUACGCGAAGCUUCGCUCGGGAGUUAAUCCGUUCACGGGUACCGUAUCGAGCAAGGACAGUCAUAUCCUCAUCGACACCAGAGAGAGGGUCCAGUUCGAGCUUUGCAAUAUCGAGGGAAGCUAUAAUAUCCCUUUCUCGGCAGUGUCUGCGACUCGUAUCAACGCCAGCAGUAGCAGCUAUAACUCCAUGGAGCUUGAAGAGCCAAAAUGGGUGCAACACCUCCGGCAGCAACCUGACAAGCCAAUCUUUGUUGUGUGCCGAAUGGGAAACGAUUCACAGAUGACUGUAAAGAAAAUGAAAGAGCUGGGACUGGAUUACAAAGGCAAAAGGUACAUCGGAGAUAUUCGUGGAGGUUUAAGAGCUUGGAAGGAGAGCGUAGACCAAGACUUUCCAGAAUAUUGA